CCCCACCCCAAUAUGCUGUAUUCCUCAAUUGCCUACUUCAACACUAACAACACCCCCAGCGACGUGCCCUUACACCGCGCACUCCCAGGCUUCACAAUGGAGUAACGAGAGCCCAGACCGAUGGUUUAAAAAGCAUUUGUUCCUCCGCAUCUUCAAAUACCAUGCAAUCUAGCACAACUCUGACUGACUUGUCUCCAGGCUCUAGCACCCUAUCGACAACUCCGGCAUCGAUACUCCCAUCUCCCGACUCUGGUUACGCUCAAUUAGGAACCCAGACAUCAAUGGCGGUGGAAUCAAUUCCCUUGCAUGUCGCUGAGGAGCUCCGUUAUAACUCUCCAACUCCAACUCCCAUGCCAACGACCUCCGAAGCCGAGGACAAAUCGCCCUAUAAUAUGGUUCCCAAAGAGGACACGAAGAGGCCUGUGUUUGAAAGCACUCAAAUGGAGGAAGACAAGGUUCAGCAGUCGCCAGACCUUACAGAGAAUGAUCUCGAUCUCGGCUGCAUCGGGGACUCGAAGUAUCGACUUCGUUUUCACAAUGACCAAUACAAUGACGAGGACGAGGAUUGGGAUUACUAUGAUUUGCACUACGGUGAGCCUUCAGCUGCCAUCCAUUGGCUAACACCACUUCAAGAGGUGCAGUUUUUGGAAGAGCGAGGGCCGGCUUUGCCCCGUACAUUCUUCGCUCUUACAGAAAAAGGCACCCAGGAUAUGCUGUACGGCCAUCAAUUCGCUUACCUUGAGCAACUAAGCAAAGAGCAGGAAUGGUGUAAUACGGGGGUUAUCGUCUUUAUAAAGAUUAAUCCCUACACUCUUAAGUCUGAGGGUUGCUGGUACAUUGACCCCUCGGCAGUCUCUGGCUCUAACAUCAAAGACGAGGCAGAUCAAGAAGUUAAGCAGCAAACGCUACGAAACCUCAAUCCAUCCAGCGAUGUUAGCUGCGGCUGCAUCGAAACCUCAGUACCGCUUGGGAACACAGAAGCGGUUAUCAUGAACGGCAAGAAGAAGAGCUACAAGGGAGCUACGUUCACCGUGGACCGUGUGCACGCAGACCGUUCACAGGAGACGAUCUGGGUUUUCAAGAGUUAGCCUGGGGAGAGGCGUCUUGCAUGCAGAUUGGUUCAGCCAAACUUUGUCUUAGCAAACGGUUGUGAAAUUUAGAAAGCAAAUACCAUGCCGCCUGUACUUAUGCUCCU